AGCGUGAUUUCAGUCCCAGGGAGGGAGAGGUAGAACACCAAUUACAAACCACAGGCUUCCUCCUCUCGGGAGUUUAUCCUGAAUUGUCUUUCUGGAAGGGAAGCACUCGAAUCCUUCAGAACUUCCUAAGUCUGUCCAUGGUUCAGAGAUACUGCUUUCUACCUCUGGGAUUUUCUGUGUUCCUAGUAGUGAAUUGUUGCUGAUGUGUUUGCUACUUUGCUUCUUUUCUCUCUCAGGAUUUGAUCAUUUGAUACGCUGUUCGUGGAAAAAAAUAACUUUUAUUAGACAGGAGAUUUCAGAAAUAAUUUUGGAUCCUCUAUAAGUAUUUUUAGAGUUCUUAGGGACAGUAGCUUUAACCCGGGAGUAAAAAUCUGCCUUUGACCUGCGUGGAUUAUUUUUUCAGGCCGCGGAAUUUCUCGGCACCUACCUGCAGUGUGGGGAGCUUGGUUUGGUUGCAGAGUAAGAAGGUGGAAGGAAGAAUGAGCUGUACUUGGUUAAGCAGUUGAAACCUUUUUUGAGCAGGAUCUAUAAAAGCAUAAGUGAAUUUGUUUCAACCCCGUGGAUUCCAGUGGCCCCGACAGCGCAACAGUGGCUCAGCGACUUGAUGCAUAUGGAAGACCAGCACCAAGGGAUCUGAUAUAAUAAAAAUUCAGGAUGUGACAUUCAACCUCAAGCAAAGUUGCAAAUUCCAAAGAGAAGUGGUGAUAUUUUUACUAAUCAUAGUGAAGAUGGGAGAAAAUGACAUACCUGCAGCAGAAGUGGGCUGAAAACACCCUCUUUCUUCCCUGCCAGAUCAGCAAUGCCACCUGUUCUUGGGAAUGUAUUUUAGAGAAAGGAAGGGCCAGAACGGAGUGGCUUUCUGAAACUGAAGCAUAAAUUCCCUUUUCCUUCAUUGGUCUGGAUCUGAGAACCUGCCUCCGGAAUUCGCUCGUGGCAGCAGUAUGUACGGCCGGAGCGCACUGCUGCAGCUGGUAGCAUGAGUGGUGGCCAUCAGCUGCAGCUGGCUGCCCUCUGGCCCUGGCUGCUGAUGGCCACCCUGCAGGCAGGUGUUGGACCCACAGGACUGGUACUGGCAGCAGCAGUGGAGUCUGAAAGAUCAGCAGAGCAAAGAGCUAUUAUCAGAGUGAUUCCCAUGAAAAAGGACCCUACAGGAAAACUGAAUCUCACUUUGGAAGGUGUGUUUGCUGGCGUUGCUGAGAUAACUCCAGCAGAAGGAAAAUUAAUGCAGUCCCACCCCCUGUACCUGUGCAACGCCAGUGAUGACGACAAUCUGGAGCGUGGAUUCAUCAGCAUCGUCAAGCUGGAGAGUCCUCAACGGGCCCCCCGCCCCUGCCUGUCACUGGCCAGCAAGGCCCAGAUGGCAGGUGAGCGAGGAGCCAGUGCUGUCCUCUUUGACAUCACUGAGGAUCGAGCAGCUGCUGAGCAGCUGCAGCAGCCCCUGGGGCUGACCUGGCCGGUGGUGUUGAUCUGGGGUAAUGAUGCCGAGAAGCUGAUGGAGUUUGUAUAUAAGAACCGCAAGGCCCAUGUGCGGAUUGAGCUGAAGGAGCCCCCAGCCUGGCCAGAUUACGACGUGUGGAUCCUCCUGACGGUGGUGGGCAUCAUCUUUGUGGUCAUCCUGGCUUCAGUGCUUCGCGUCCGGUGCUGCCCCCGCCACAGCAGGCCGGAUCCCCUUCAACAGCAAACAGCCUGGGCCAUCAGCCAGCUGGCCACCAGGAGGUACCGAGCCAGCUGCAGAAGCACCCGGGCUGAGUGGCCAGACUCAGGUAGCAGCUGUAGCUCAGCACCUGUGUGUGCCAUCUGCCUGGAGGAGUUCUCCGAGGGCCAGGAGCUACGGGUCAUUUCCUGUCUCCAUGAAUUCCAUCGUGCCUGUGUGGACCCCUGGCUGCAUCAGCAUCGGACUUGCCCCCUCUGCAUGUUCAACAUCGUAGAGGGAGAUUCAUUUUCCCAGUCCUUGGGACCUUCUCGAUCUUACCAGGAGCCAGGCCGGAGACUCCAUCUCAUUCGCCAGCAUCCAGGCCAUGCCCACUACCACCUCCCUGCUGCCUAUCUGUUGGGCCCUUCCCGGAGUGCAGUGGCUCGGCCUCCACGACCUGGUCCCUUCCUAUCAUCCCAGGAGCCAAGCACAGGUGCUCGGCACCACCGACUCCCCAGAGCUGCACAUCUCCGGGCUCCAGGGGAGCAGCAGCGCCUGUCAGUGGCCCAGCACCCUUGCGCACAGGCCUGGAGGCUGAGCCGCCUCCGAUGCACCUCACAGCACCCCACUGCUUGCCCAGCACCCAUGCGCUGGGCCAGGCCUCACGACAGCAGUGGGUCUGGAGAAAGCUAUUGCACAGAGCGCAGUGGCUACCUGGCAGAUGGGCCAGCCAGUGACUCCAGUUCGGGGCCCUGUCAUGGCUCUUCAAGUGACUCAGUGGUCAACUGCACGGACAUCAGUCUGCAGGGCAUCCACGGCAGCAGUUCUACCUUCCGCAGCAGCCUGAGCAGUGACUUUGACCCCUUGGUAUACUGCAGCCCUGAAGGGGAGCCCCAGGGGGAGGAGACUCAGCCUAAUGUGACCUCUCGGCCCCAUUCUUUGGACUCAGUGGUGCCCACAGGGGAAACCCAGGUUUCCAGCCAUGUCCACUACCACCGCCACCGGCACCACCACUACAAAAAGCGCUUCCAGUGGCAUGGCAGGAAGCCUGGCCCAGAAACUGGGGUCUCCCAGUCCAGGCCUGCCAUUCCUCGGACACAGCCCCAGCCAGAGCCACUGUCCCCCGAUCGACAGGCUGCCAGGUCCAACCCAGCAGCUCCUUCAGGGCAGCUCCCCAACCUGCAGCGGCCCAGGACCCUCACCGAGGCAACCCCAGGCCCAGCUGAUGCCUCUAGCCCCAGUCCCAGCAGCUUCUUCCACUUGCAGAAAUCCAGCCUCCCUGGGCGACACCCACAGAGGAAACGGCGGGGGUUUCCCUCAGAGUCCACCCCAGCCUCUCGGCCCCAGGACUUGACCGCAUACCCAGCUUGCCAGAUUUUUCCCCAUCAUGGCCCUGCGUUAACAUACCACUGGUCCCCGGAGGCACACCCAUUGAUCUUUGGGUCACCAGGCCUGGACAGAAGACUGCUACCAGAACCCCCAGAUCCCUGUUACUCAAGUUCACAGCCAGUGUGGUUGUGUCUGACUCCACGCCAGCCCCUGGGACCGCACCCAUCUGGGGAGGAGCCUUCUAAAUGGAGUUCUGGCACCCCAGAGGGCAGGCCAUGCUCUUACCCACACUGCCAGGUGCUACCAGCCGAGCCUGGCUCGGAGGAGGAGCUUGAGCAGUUGUGUGAACAGGCUGUGUGAGAUGAUCAGGCCUUCGCUCCAUCCAAGAAUGUGCUCCGAAUGGCUUGGGGCCCUCUCUGGCACAGAGUCCUGCUCCUGAGAGAAGAAAGGACCUUGGAAAACACCCCUCUUCUUGCUGUAUUUCCUGGAACCACUGAAAGAGGAGUGGUGAUGGUGGGUGGCAGGAGGUGGUGUUUCCUGCUCCCAGCUCCAAGACCUUGCCUGUGCAGCAUAUCUGCAGUGCAGCAGAUUCGUGUCCAGCCACACAACCAGCUACUGCCUGCGUGGGCAGGCUCCCGUGAAGGUUGUGUUCUGAGAGAAGAAAGCUAGGUGUGGGUAGACAGAUGUUGUUAAGGUGCUGCUCCUUCCUCCAGCCCCAGCAAGUCUUCCUCAUCCCAAGCCUCAUGUUACACUUGCCAGUGGGUCCUGGCUGAAUGCGUGACCCCCUCUCAUCUCCCUCCUUGAGCGAGUCCUCCACACCAGCUUUGGUUCCUCCUCAGUAAGACUGGUGCAUCACCAGCAACACUGGCUUUUAUCAUUUUCCUUCUUAGCCAGAGGUUCAGGGGGCCUGAAAUAGGGGGUGUGGGGCUCUGAAGCUUCUCUAGGCAGUUCCUGCACUGGUACCUGAGGGAGGAUG